AUGUGGAAAAGGUGUGUGUCCAAGAACUACGUAACGUGCGCAAAGCUGGCACUGGUUCAUCUUGUGGACCGUUUGGAGCGGGCCAAUGACAGCUACUCAUUAGUAUCCGGCGUCACGGUGUCCAGCCAUAAGUUGGCCGGUCGAGCAGAGGACGGCAAUGGAAACGUACCAGCGCAAACGACCGCAGGCCGUGACUCGUCCGAGGCUUUUGACCGAUUACUCGUCGACAAAUUAGGCCGGUACUUCGGCACGCUUACACUCAACGUCAAGCUGUUGGACGAUGCGACAGUGCAGUCGGUCCGGAAGUUGGGAGAGGCUGCGGCCGACGCAUCUAUUCAAUCGGGCAGGGGAAAGAAGCAAAAGUACGCGCAGUCCAUCCUGUUGGCCGGAUGGGUGACCGGUGCCAUGCUGCUGGCGCUCGGUAUGAAGGCGAUCGCCGUUCUCGCGGGCAAGGCGCUCAUGACGGCGCUCAUGUCGCUGCUUCUGUCCGGACUAGCGUCGUUCCGCGCUGGCGGUCACUCUGAGCCCAAGAGCACCACUUACGAGAUCGUCACCAAGCCGGUGUACUCGCACUCACACUCGACCGCGGACGACACACACUCAGCCGGCUCCCAGAACAACCCCACGUACAGACGAUCCAUCGGCAGUGGAGCAGGUGGUGGCAGCGGCGUCAUGGGGUUGCAACCGGUGCCGGUUCCGUCAUCGGCUGAGGAUGCCGACCACGUCGUGUACCGUAUACAUACUUCCGAUAAGACUGUGUUUAACAUACAGAUAAUCUAA